AUGUUUGAAAGGUUGAUGGAGCUUAUACCUACCGGGCUAAUUGGAGAUGCCUGUCUGGUCUAUUUGGAUGACAUCAUCAUCGUAGGCCGUACGUUUGAGGAACACCUUCAAAACCUGGAACGCGUGCUCAUGAAGAUCCAGAGUGCCAACCUCGAGUUGAGUCCGAAGAAGUGCUCACUAUUCAAACGGCAAGUUAGCUUUUUGGGGUAUGUAGUGUCGGAAGAAGGUAUCCGCACGGAUCCAGAGAAAAUUGCCGCUGUCAAAGAUUGGCCGGUUCCAAAAGAUAAGACACAGGAGCUCAAGAACCGUCUGUGCAAAACACCUAUUUUAGGGUACCCUGAUGCGGGCAAGGAAUUCAUAGUUGACACAGACGCAAGUGAUAUAGGACUUGGCGGUGUGUUGUCUCAACGGGAUGGUGAUCAAGAGAUUGUGAUAGCGUACUGCAGCAAGUCGCUGUCAAAGCCGGAAAGGAACUAUUGUGUCACAAGACGGGAAUUGCUUGGUGUUGUAAAGUCCUUGCAGCACUUUAGCAAAUAUCUUCUGGGGCGGAAAUUCCACUUACGAACCGACCAUGCUGCACUGAAAUGGCUAUUGCAGUUCAAAAAUCCGGAAGGACAAGUUGCGAGAUGGAUUGAACUACUGCAGGAAUACGACUUUGUGAUCGAAUAUCGCAGCGGGAAAUCUCAUGGCAAUGCAGAUGCAUUGUCAAGAAGACCUUGCCCUGAAGAUUGCAAGCAUUGUACUAAGCAAGAAGGUAAGGAAGUGGUAUCUGUGAGGAUGCUCAAGACAGACCAGCUCAGCAAUGAGUGGAAGGACAGCCUACAACAUGCACAGUAG